AUGUUCGCUCUCUUCUUCGCGCUUCCAGCCUUCUUUACCUUCUUUUCUCCGAGCACGAUUACUACAGAUCUCCUCCGGCCCGCGCUUUUCGCCCGUACCGCCUAUUGCCCAACCAGCACUAUUGUUAACUGGACCUGUGGAGCCCCGUGCAAUGCACUGCCUGGUAUUCAAGUCUUCACCGCAGGCGGAAACCAGGGUACCAUCCCAUUCUUUUAUGUUGCGAGCGACCCGCAGUCGCAGAGCAUUGUCGUGGUCCACGAGGGCACAGACCCAGCCGACCUAUUAUCAGUGUUGAAUGACAUCGAGUUCUCCCAAGUGAAUCUCAAUAGCACCCUCUUCCCGAACGCUGGAAAUGACACCCUCGUCCACGACGGCUUCCAAGACACGCAGGGCCGAACAGCCGAUACUAUCCUUUCCACGGUGCAAAGUGCACUGGCCUCAACGGGCUACAAGAAUGUGCUUGUGACGGGUCACUCACUUGGUGCGGCCGUAGCCUCUCUUGACGCGGUAAUGCUCAAGAUGGCGCUGCCGAACGACGUCGCGAUCAACUCCGUCGUGUUUGGCCUUCCGCGCGUUGGGAAUGCUCAAUGGGCGUCCCUUGUCGACAGCCUGUUCCCGAGCUUCGCGCACGUCACAAAUCAGAAGGACCCCGUGCCGACCGUCCCUCCCCAGUUCCUCUCGUUCGUGCAUCCGGCGGGCGAGGCUCAUAUAACCACCCAUUGUUCGGACUCUACGGAGCUGCUGGAUAGCGACAUCCAGAACCACCUGGGGCCGUACUUCGACGGGGUAUCAUUUGGCUCCUCCGCCUCGGGCUGUUCGUGA